ACAAAAAUGGCCUCGUCGGCUGGUCUUUGUUUUGUUUAGUUUUGUACGCAGUUUUUCGUCCCGAAAAGUGUCCGGAUUGUCCAGAAAAUACCGACGAAUCGGUAGCGAUUAGUAUCCCGUUGAAACUGAAUGUACUGUUGAGCAGUUACGUGUUGUAACGGUGCGGUUAUUGUGGAUUCAAAACUCCGCGGAUAGUCGCGCGUGUUUUGAUUUGUUUUUCUUGGUUAUACGAAUAUCCAAUGGAUUCCCAUGUUUUGUUGAUUCCCAGCGUGAGUUCCCUUCCGACGAUGAAACCGGAGGUCAAUCGAAACAGGUCCCUACCAGAUUCGUUUUCGCUAAUCGUGAAACAGCCUAAUCAAUACAAGAAUGAUAGAGAUCGGAAGAGCAGUGGAAGUGGAGAAGGGAGCUGCAUCGGCGGAAACAAACAAAAAUAUAAAACUAAAAGUGAACUGAUUCUUGUGAUGGAACCGCAAAAUCCUUCACCAACGAAAUAUUUUGACCAGAAUGGUGUUCCACUGAAAAAAGAAGUGUUGGACAGUAAUGAGUUGCCGGAGCAAACGGCGAAAAGUUCCAAAAAGCGAACCAAACUGACAAUAACUUGUCACAAAUGCGCAAAGCAGUUCGAAACGAAGAUCGAGUAUGAGUUUCACUACCGGAAAAGCUACAAUCAGGAACCGAUCUAUGCUUGUACGACUUGUGAUAAGCGAAUAACGCAGUACAAGGCAUAUCGAUUGCACAGUUAUCGGCACUCGCACAGUGCCAAUCAGCGGUACACCUGUGCGACCUGUUCGAAGGUGUUCCAUCAGAGAUCCGAUUUGAGCCGACACGAGAGUAUCCAUGAAACUCAGUCACAAGAACCGGAGUUGGCUGCCGCUCCGAACGCCGUGCAGGAAAAACUAUGCUGUGAUCGAUGUGAUGCCGCGUUUGAUAGCCAAGCGGAAAUGCGAGUGCAUGUAAAAAAAAAUCAUCCUAUUCCGAAGCAAAUGAUCGAGUGCCCCGAUUGUGGCAAGUUUCUGUCGGCUGGCAGUCUGUAUUCCCACCGAAAGAUCCAUUCGGAUGGUCCAAAAUUUACGUGUGAAGAUUGUGAUAAGUCUUUCGUGCAGAAGAUUAAUUUUAUACAUCACCGGAAAAAGCACCUGCCAAACGAUGAGCGCCCGUUUCCCUGUGGCAUGUGUGGAAAGGCAUUCUUCGAACGGUCGCACCUGCAGCGGCAUCAGUUUUUCCAUUCCGAGGAACGUCCGUUCAAAUGUGGCCUCUGUGGAAAGUGUUACAAGACGGAACGGUGCCUGAAGGUACAUUCCGCGGUGCACAACGCGGACCGUCCGUUUGUCUGUGUGGAGUGCAACAAAGGCUUCCUGAGUAGUUCUAAGUUGCGUCAACACAGCAACAUCCACUCGGGGCUUCGACCGUUCAAGUGCAAGUACUGCUCAAGAGAUUUUACCAAUUUUCCGAAUUGGCUGAAGCACAUCCGUCGGCGCCACAAGGUUGACCAUCGAACCGGGGAAAAGUUGGACAGUGUUCCGAAAUUUAUGACGAAAAAGAAGAAUAAAUCCGAUAACAAAAAGCUUGAACCCGGCAAGGAGGGCAAAAUAAAGCUGAAAAAGCCCUCCUCGAAAGAGAUUCUCCAGCUGUCAAUCAAAGAGGAAAGCCUUCCGUUUGUGGGAGAUAAUUCCAACAUCGAUCUCAAUCUGGUAUCGAAGGACGAUCUUUUGCAACCAUUGAAAAUGGAAGAAAUGGAUGAUAUUUUUCUGGAGCUGCCGGCGAGCUGCGCUGGUGAUGAUGAUGCCGGAAAUGAAAAUGCAUGUGAUGUGAUUCCGAAAAAGCAGGAGGAGGUGGAGCAGAACGCGGACGUCGAAUGCAACAACGCACAAGAUUCGGAACAACUGGAAGCACCACCCUCUGAGCACGACAUCAUUGAUCCUCCCCCAUUGGGACUGGCAGGUGACGAUAGCGAGCUGUUUCAGUUUGGUUACGUGCAACCUGAAUUCGAUUGUGAUUUUAGUAUUAAGAACGACUUUAGCUUAAGAACCGAAGCUGUCAAUGUGAUCCGGGAGAGUGAAUCGGGAAUGAGCUCACCGCCCGAUGGGUUUUCAUCUCCCACCACUGGGGCGCUGGUGUACGACAUCAACAGCGAGUUGCCUAUUUUUCCCACACUGAUCUCAAUCUGUGGCGACGAACAGCAGUUUCAGCUGAUCAAUCCCAACUUUAUCCACUUGCCACAGCUUCGAAGAACCGCUCCGAGCAGUGGAGCUUCCGGCACCAAUGGAGUGGACGUUGUUGGAUUGAAAAUCGAAUCGCCGUAGGUAAGAAUCAAUCAUUUUUAUAUUUUCUACGCAAAUUAAGGAUUAUAGUUACAUAACAGCAGUAUAUUUAGUAAUUAAGUAUCGGAGAGGGAGCAACGAAAGUUGGGCUCCCCUUCGGAAGUUGGGCUAGUGAGAGACGAUGAUGAUAUUGUAGUGAUUUAUUUAAAACAGAAAAAAAACAAGAUUAACUGCUUCAUUCGGUUUGCAGAAAAGAUUAUUAGUAUUCAGGUAUUUCUUGCUCCUGUCCGGUAAAAAAAAGGUUUAUUUUCUUUCUGCGAUUUAGUAAUAGCGGAUGGAGUAGUGGAUACAAAACACUGCACAAUGAGAGUAUUUAUAUUAAUGAAACAAACAAAAAAUCGUGGGGAGUACAACCGAGGGUAGCAAUCGCGUAGUACAAAGCGUGACUCAGAGCCUACCAAAAGACUGUUUUUGUAAUAAACGCGUGCAGACGAUUGGAAAA